CAAAAAAUACUUGACCGACAUCCCAACACUGGAUGAUAUAGUUGUAGGAAAUGAUAAGGGAUUAACCUCAAACCUUAAUGAUGCCCUAUCCAGUUGCGAAAAAAUUUCAUUCAUGGCCAUUGAGAAUGAAGGAUUGACUGAAAGGAUAAAUGGAACGUACCACUAUGUAUUGCGUCUUUAUGAGACUCCAGAUGAAUGUGAAGAAAAG